CCCUAGUGUAUAGACCCCUUUCCGGAUAGAACACAGUGCGCGUUGCAUGGCAACGGGUGACGUGCAAAAAUGUUUGGUGGGCAAGAAGUUCAGCCCAAACUGCAGUGAAAGUAAUUUUUCAACCAGGAAGCAACAAUGUCUGCUGUCAUCCCUGACUCUGCUGCCGCUGAGCAGCCACCACCCUUGCCUCAGCCACUGGCUGUCCUUGCUGAACAACUUUCAAAAGGGUCCGAAGCCAGCGAUGCCGAUUUUGUUGGGGUUCAGACUUCUCUUGCGACGCUGAAGGUGGCCGAACUGAAGGAAAUUGCCAAAUUUCUGGAUGUUCGGUUGACUGGAGCAACAAAGAAGGCUGACAUCGUGGAGCGCUUGGUGUCGAUGUCCAAGAUUGGUUUGGCUGGUGCUGCUGAUGCGUCGUCCUCUGGUGCUUCCGUUGGACUGCAGUAUAUAACUCAAGACGUUCGGGGCACUUUGUCUUCGUUGCCUCGUUUCAACGAGGUGCAAGACUGGUGCAAGGAGUUUCGUGCUGCUGUGGUGCGGUUCCACUUCAUGGAUUUAUUGACGUACUUGGUCUAUGGACGAGACAAGACGUUUGAUAUGGAGAGCAUGAAGGCAUUUAGGUCUUUGAAGGCGUACCAAUUUUUUGCCGAUGGCUUUGUGAAGAAUGUGUGGAGCAAGCAAUAUCCUGCAUCUGGGGAGAACGGUGUGGCAAUCUCCUAUCUCCGUGCUUACGUCCACCAUUCCUUGUCGUGUGAUACACCGCUCACCGUGUAUGUGUCGUUGAACACUGAGACUGGUGAAGUCUACGCUGCGCAAUGCAGCUGUAUUGCCGGGCUGGGAGAGGCGUGCAAUCAUGUUGCUGCCCUACUCUUCUUCAUUGAAUCCGCUGCAAAAAGGAAUCUAGUGGAGCUACCCGUGGAGUUGUCUAAAACGUCACAACCUAUGCGCUGGAAUCAGCCUCCAAAGAAGCAUGUCGAUCCUCAGCCACUCGCCAAUAUGGAGUUUGUGAAAGCUUGCCAUGGCAUGACUGAUGAUGAAGUGGAGAGGAAGCAGCUGCGAGCGGAGUUUGAUCCCCGUGCACCGUCACACCGCCAAGUCACAUCUGCUGACGCACUCACCUUGCAGGAGGCAUUAGCAGCGGGAAAGGCAUCAGCCAAGAACUGUGGGUUCUUCCAUUUCUGGGAAGUCGAAGACCAGUCAUCAGGACUUGCUGCUACUCCAGUUAGCCAACCCAAGGACCUUUCGCCAUUGGUCCUGUUCCAUUCUGACAGGCUUCCAGGUGGAACGAGUGAAGAUGCCCUUGGUCGAUAUACCGGACCACUGUCCAAGUACGGUGUAUCCCAAAAGGAAGUGGAAGACUUCACCAAAGGCCAGACAGAUAACUCGUGGUGGUUCGACCUACGUCAUGGGCGCCUAACUAGCUCACGAUUUGGUGACAUCGUUCGCUCUCGAGCCCAGGAGCCAGUCUCGCUGCUGGCCGGUAUCAUGGGAUACACCACCAUUUCCGCUUUGCCACCUGCCAUGCGAUGGGGAGUGGAGAAUGAGCCCAGGGCGAGGGACAUGUACCUCAGUGUGGCACUCGAAGAUGGAAAGAACAUCACCGUAAGAGAGUGUGGUCUUAGCCUCCAUCGUGACUACCACUUCAUUGGUGCGAGUUCUGAUGGAAUCGUUGUGGAGGAGCUUGAGAGCGGCGUGGUGGAGCGUGGCUGCCUGGAAAUAAAAUGCCCCUUCUCCAUCCAGGGCACAUCUAUUGUUAACCUCACGCCAACUCGGAUCGCCCAGCAAUUCCCUGGCAAGUCAUUCUUGGAAUGCCACGCGGACGGGUCAGCCCACUUAUGCAAGAAUCACAAGUACUAUGACCAGGUGAUUGGUGAGAUGGCGGUCAUGGAUGUGAAGUGGUGUGACUUUGUGGUGUUCACAUGUGCUGGCGUGCUUGUAGAGCGUAUCAUGUUCGAUGACGCUCAUUGGCAAACCAUGCUCAUGAAGUUAACAUCCUUCUACGAGCAGUUUGUUAUCCCAGAGCUGUGCUCUCACAAGCUGUACCUUUCAAAGUACAAGUCAUGAAUGACAAGAAAAAAUAUUUUUGUGUUUAUAUUCUGUACAUAGGGAUUUCAAUCUAUUUUGCUUCGCUAGAUUUUUUGGAACUUUGUACAGCAAUGCCCCAUCUUCUGCGAGGGAUAUGCUCGGAACCUUCUCAUGUUCCCAGCAUUGAAACUUAAUUCUGUACAUAGCGGUUCCGAUCGAUUUUUCUGUUAUUGUGCGGAAUUCUAUGGAUGACAUCGCACACAUCCUUGUACCUGUCUGUCAUUAUAAAUAUUGGCUGGAUAUUAUGCUACUUCUGGUAGCCCGUACCAACUUGCUUCGGUGACAAUCGCGGUGACAGUGCACUCUUUAUCACAUCCCAACCCCACAAAUAACAUGCACCCAGCCAGUGACCUGGCAGCAUUUGGUAUGUUCAUAUUCACAAGCUUUGGGAAU